GCUAUCAAAUCCUUUUACUGCAGCAGAUUUGGUGGGAACUGUAUAAUUUUUUUCCAUUCUACACAUAUUUUCACUCAUAAUCUCCCUUUAGCAAACCAUAUAGAGUAUAUCCUUAAUUAUUACUACCUCUUUAGCAUGCAUAUGAAUAAAAACCGGCGCAUCUCUGCGUGAAUAAAUGAUUGAAUGAAGAAGAAGAAGAAGAAGGAAGAAAAUAAGCGACACACACACAUAUAUAUGUGUUCAUCACUUCCAAGAGGCAACGCCUCUGACAAAAAACUCCUUUUCCAAACACACACUACACGCACUGCCACUCCUCUCUCUCUCUGCGCUCCAACGUAACAAACAAAACAACCAACCCAAACCAACCUCUCAUCCACCACUCUUAAUUCCUUUCAAUUUCAUAAAUCUUUUAUUCUCUUCUUCCUUAUGAGAAGAUUAUCACUGCUCCAAUUCCAAACGCGUCAUCACGGAACACCACCGUUUCGCAGGUGCGCCGCGAAGAUGGCCUCCGCCGCCGCCUCCCGCCGCCACAGGAAGAUCGUGGUCGUGAUGGGCCCCACGGGCUGCGGCAAGACCAAGCUCUCCAUCGACCUGGCGUCGAGAUUCUUCCGUUCGUCGGAGAUCGUCAACUCCGACAAAAUCCAAAUCCACCGCGGCCUCGACAUCACCACCAACAAGAUCCCUCCCCGCGACCGGGAAAACGUCCCCCACCACCUCCUCGGCGAGUUCGACUCGUCCGAGUCGCACCCCGAGUUCACCCCCUCCGACUUCCGCCUCGCCGCCUCGCUGCUCAUCUCGCGAAUCCACUCCCGCCGCAACACGCCCUUCGUCGUCGGCGGAUCGAACUCGUUCAUCUACGCAUUGCUGGCCGAGAAAUUCGACCCCGAGUCGGACGCGUUCGCCGGGCCCGACUCGGGCGUGUGCAGGGGGCUGAGGUACAGCUGCUGCUUCAUCUGGGUGGACGUGUCGCCGGCGGUGCUGGCGGAGCAUCUGGUGCGGCGGGUGGACGACAUGCUGGGGUCGGGGAUGUUCGAGGAGCUGGCGGAGUAUUUCGGCGGCGGCGAGUGGGACUCGGUGAGUCGGCGCGGGCUGCGGGGGGCCAUCGGGGUCCCCGAGUUCAGGAAAUAUUUCGAGAGAAAAGCGCGCGGUGAUUGGACGGCUGGCGAUGACGUGGCGGAGAGGGGGGCCUACGAGGAGGCCGUGGGGGCCAUCAAGGACAACACGUGUCAGCUGGCCAAGAGGCAGCGCGGGAAGAUCCUGCGGCUCAGGGACUCCGCCGGCUGGGACUUGAAGAGGGUCGACGCCACCGCGCCGCUCAGGGCGGCCAUGGCCGGCCGGAACACGGCGGAGCUUUGGGAGAGACAGGUGGUGGAACCCAGCGUCAAGAUUGUGAACCGCUUCUUGAUGGGGGACUAGACUAGUUUAGCUCUCUUGUUUUUUUUUUUGGGAGUAAUUAUGGCCACUUCAUUAUUUUUUUUUUCUCUGAUUUUAUUUUUGGGAGUUAUACACUUUUGGUGGAGGUGGUGCGGCGACCAAUUUUGGGGCAUUUGGGGAUUGCCGCCGUUGGAGAUGAAAAUGUGGGCUUCUUUACAAAUGCUACCGGAAAGGAAGCAAUUUUUCGCUAGUGUUGAUAUAUGGCUAUUUGGAUCAUCGUUUAUAAUAUUCUUUUGGAGAUUGAAUGAAAUGAAUAUACACCAAUUUUGUGAA